CUGAAGAAGCUCGAACGGGAAGAGACCAAAGCGGUUAAGAAACCUUCGGCCGCCAUUGUGGUAGGCGAAGCACAAGGUCAAAAAGACGAUAGAGAAAUCGCUGCCACAAGGAAGGAAGCAGACCUUGUGAAGGACGCGAGCGAGGAGAGGCCCUCUCAGUCCUCUCGUUCCUCUACGUCAGUUGACGCGUCAGAUACUGACGAGGAAGUUGGAACGGACGCGGACGUAGAGGUUAUAAAAGACGAGGCGAUAGAUACUGCGGUGAGCAGCCUCAGUAACGAGACUCGAGAGAGACUUUGCCUCAAAGCAGAGCCGGCGCGGUCGACGGAUAUCGCCCUGCACCCCACGCUGAUUGCAGAAUGGAUGAACUGGAUGCGCAAAGGCCUCUAUGAAGGGGAUGAAGAAGACGACAAGAAACGUGAGGAGGAGGAGAGUAAGCUACGCGAGGAAAUCAUGAAAAAAUUUCCUAGAGGGGGAGCGUUACAAGCAGAAGCUCCGAAACUCAACCCAGAAGUUCUGGCUUACAUGUCAGUGACUGCAAAGAGCAGGGACAAGCAUUUUGUCUCUUCGCAAAACGCUUUAGGCUCGGCGAUAGUAGCUAUGGGCGAAGCUAUCUCCUUAAUUCUCGAACUGGAAGAGGAUGAGGCCUCGAGUAUCCUGUUGCAUUUUUUGGGAAAUGCAGGCAAGCUGUUAGCAGGCUUGCAUUAUCAGCAAUCGGUAACGAGGAGAGCGUUUAUCUUGCCAGGUAUCGAGGAGAAAUAUCGAGAUCUGUUGAGGAAGUCGGAUAUUACGUCCGAGUUAUUUGGCAAGGAUCUGUUUAAGAGGCUUAAGUAUACAAAAUCCUUGGGCAAAGUAGUAGAGGAUCUCACUCCGCACCAGCAAUCCAAGAAGUAUCCAAAGACUUCUAACUGGGGAAACCGGAGAAGCCUGCAGAGGAAGUCCAAGGGCCACUCACAGCAGGCUCAAAAAUCAGGCCCUCAGAGAUCCCUGCGUUUCAAAGAUCGCCAGAGGAACACUUAUUCGAACAAGCAUGCGCCCACAAGGUCGACAAGGUCAUACCGGUACAAUCGUUAGAGGUGAGAAAUGUGGCUGGUCGUUUAAAGCACUUUACUAAAGAAUGGCAAUCAAUCACCAAAGAUAAAUUUGUACUUAACUGUAUUAAGGGUUAUAAGAUCCGGUUUACGUCUCAGCCUUGUCAGACGCUAGUCCCAAAGGCACCACUGUUACAGGGUUCACAAUCCCUCGAUGACGUCAGUGAGGCAAUAAAUAAACUCUUGAGGCUCCCACAGACCGAACGCGUCAAGCGUCAAGCAGCGAGCAGUAACCAAUCAGCGAGACGAUAUUUUCUACGCCACUGCUGAUAUCACCUCACUGAUUGGGUUCAAUUGGGUUGCUGCUCGCUGCUUGACGCUUGACGCGUUCGGUCUGUGGGAGCCUUUGGUGUUAGGGGCCAUUAGACCGUGUACGCCGGAAGAUCCUCAGUUUGUGUCUUCGUACUUUCUAGUUCCGAAAUCGGACGGAACUUUCAGAUUUGUUUUAAAUUUAAAGAAACUUAACGAAUUUAUAAGGACAAAGCACUUUAAAUUAGAAGACGGUCGUACAGCGGAAAAACUAAUCUCUAAAAACGAUUUUUUAGCAAAGUUAGAUCUAGAGAAUGCCUAUUUUUUGAUACCGGUAGACGAAGAUUCUUCUAAGUACUUAAGAUUCAUUUUCCAGGGCCAAUGUUUCGAGUUUUUAUGUAUACCUUUCGGUCUUAAUGUGGCUCCUCAUGUGUUCACUAAGGUCUUAAGACCAGUCGUGAACCAUCUGCGUAAGAGAGGUCUUUCUUCAGUUACAUAUCUAGAUGAUAUGUUGUUCGUGGCGUCCUCUAGACAGGCGUGUAUAGAUAAUGUAAAAACCUCGAUUGAACUCUUGGAAUAUUUAGGCUUUAUUAUUAAUUAUAAAAAAAAGUAGCUUGGAACCGAGUCAGAGAACGGAGUUUCUGGGAAUAACGUACAAUUCCGUGACGAUGACAUUGGAAUUACCAGAAGAUAAGAAGCAAAAGAUACUCGAUCUUUUGAAGAAAUUUGUUCCCGGAAAAACGGUCUCUCUUAGGCAAUGGUCAAGCUUCGUCGGUUCAAUUAACGCAUGCUGCCCAGCGGUUAAAUACGGUCGAUUAUAUACUAAAGGAUUCGAACGUGUCAGAUAUUAAGGAUUGCUAAAAAAUGAUAACAAUUAUGACGCGAAAAUCUGUCUCCCAGAAAAUCUCGAGCCAGAUUUCAGAUAGUGGAAGAUAAAUAUUACAAAAUCCUCGAAUCCUAUUAGACAAGGAAACUAUAAGCAUGAGAUUUUCUCUGACGCGUCCACCACGGGAUGGGGCGCCUUUUGUGAGGGAAAUAAGGCUCGAAGUUUUUGGACAGAAAACGAACGAAAAUGGCAUAUUAACCGUUUGGAGCUCAAAGCAGCAUUGUUUGCUA